AUGGAUACCACACAAAAUAAAACUAAACGACUCUACCUCUCUGCGACUCGGUUCUCUCGCUCUCUGGCAAACACACAACAAAGCGGAAAAAUAGAAACAAAUAUUAUAAAUAUGCUAACAUCGCGGAUCGGAGCGCAAUGGUUAGUCAUUCUCAUUGUGACGAUGGCAGCGAGCAGUACUAAACUGGAAAGUGGAACCUGCCCGGUGGCUAAGGCCUCCGGCUGUGGCGGAAAUCCUCCGGACCAGGCCCGCUACGACAACUAUCGCAUCUACAAUGUGGAGUUCGAGAACCAGGAGCAGAUCGAACUGUUCCAGAAGCUGGAGGAGCAGAGCGACAGCCUGACCUUCAUCGGACACGCCCGCGAAAUUGGCCAGAAGUUGUCCAUUCUGGUUUCGGCUCAUCGCGUGGCUGACAUAGCCGAUCUGCUCAAGACCUACAAAGUGAAGCAUCGGGUGCUGACCUACAACUUCCAGGAGAAGAUUGACCGCAACAUGGGCGAAGUUCAGCCGGAGAGCAUUGAUGCCUCGAAGUUUGACUGGCAGCACUUCUUCCACCUGAAGACCAUCUACGAGUGGCUGGACAAAAAGGCCCAGGAGUUCCCGCAGCGCGUCACCGUGCUGGACAUGGGCACCAGCACCCAGGGGAAUGCCAUCAAGGGCGUCAAGUUGUCCAGCAGCCCCAGCAACAAGGCCAUCUUCAUAGAGAGUGGUAUCCAUGCCAGGGAGUGGAUUGCCCCAGCCGCAGCCACGUACAUUAUCGACCAGCUGCUGACCUCCCAGGAUCCGGGGGUGCAGAAACUGGCCCAGGACUACAACUGGUUCGUCUUCCCCUGCGUCAAUCCCGAUGGCUACAAGUACACCUUCGAGCACGAUCGCAUGUGGCGCAAGAAUCGCCAGUUGUUCGGCACCUGCCGCGGUGUGGAUCUCAACAGGAACUAUCCGGAUCACUGGAACUCGACCGGGUCUAGUAGUGAUCCCACCCGCUACGACUUUGCAGGUCCCUCCGCUGGCAGCGAACUGGAGACCCAGCGUUUAAUUGAGUUUAUACGCGCAAAUGCGGCUAAGGAGCAGAUCAAGACCUACAUUGCUCUGCAUUCCUACUCCCAAAUGCUGAUGUUUCCCUACGGUUACACCAAGGAACGGGUGUCCAACUAUGACGAUUUGCAGGAAUUUGGCAAGAAGGCUUCGGCAGCGAUCAAGGCGGAAAGCGGCAGGGAUUACGUGAGUGGCAGCCUGUAUGAGACCAUCUAUCCGUCGAGCGGCGGCAGCAUGGAUUGGGCGCACUCCGAGGCCAAGAUCCCCAUCGCCUACACCUUCGAGCUGCGCGGUCCUCCGGAUAGCCAGGACCUGUUCAUACUGCCCGCCGUGGAGAUCCAGCCCACCGCCAGCGAGGCCUUCACCGCCAUUCGCACUAUUGUCGAGGCGGCGGCCGAGAAGGGCUACUACAAGUGAAGAGCCUGCCUUUCUUAACGUCCAACGAUCUAGACAAACUUUAAGUGCAUUUUUUAUCGGCGUCACGAUAUUAUCUUUAUCUAUAUAAAAAUAAACUCAUAUAUAAAACCAA